CUCACGUGUUCAUUCGGUUCAGUGAUUAUAUUUUUUGCGCAAAAAUCAAUGAAAACGAAUAAAAAUGGGGAAAAGAAAGUUUAGUGGCGAGAAAGAAGGAACUUCCAAGAAGGUUAGGAAAGGUGAAAAGCAAGAAAAUGUUGAUAGUGAAAAUAUAGAAAGCCAACAACUGCAAUCAGAGGUAGAGCUUGAAAAUUCAGAAAAUGCUUCACAUAACCAGCAAGGAUUCGAUAUCAAACAUUUUCGUAAAGAACUGGCAUCAAAACAAGGUCAAACUAUGGUUUUAACACAAUUUCUACAAGUUUGUCUUAAUCCCGACAAUGAAGUGGAUUACUUGCUGGCGUAUAUGAAAGCUGGUGGCAACUCCCACGAAAUACUCAGACAGAUCACUCAGGAGAACAAAAAGAACCUCACCAUGGCCACACCAGCGUUCCAUCUGUUCCAUCUCAUCAUCCUGAAGGUGCAGUCCUCACUACCUCACAUGAUCUCUGUAACUGAGGAAGCUUGCAGGUAUUUCUUAAACACUUUUAUGCCCACUGUGGAAAUAAUGAUCAGCGAAAACUCCGGUCCGAGGCACAGAAAGAUAAUUCUUAAACUACUAACCUCAAUGGUAACCUUAAACCCUGAUUUGGGUAUUGAAGUUCUGAAUCAAGCUCCCUUAACUCCAAAACAUCUGCAAUACAUUGUAGAAAAGUCAAAUUAUAAGGAGAAAAACAAUGUCAGGACAGCCUUUGUACAUUUCAUGACAUCAUUUCUAGUUGAUGGCCAUUUACCACUUAUUAAAGCUUUGCUUGAGAAGCAGGGGCUGUUGCCACUGGUAAUCCCGGGGCUGAUACAAGAUGAAGCAGAAGCUGUACUGAUGUUCCUGAAUAUAUUAAAAAAGAAUGUCAUUGACAACAAUCUCAUUUCAAAAAGCCUGAAACUGAAAACAUUUAGCCAUCAAGUACUGCACAAUCUAUUCAAAAUAUUCUCUUGGAAAGGACCACCAGAACUAAGCCAUGAUAUCAGAAAUGAAUUACGUCCAGAAGUAAUGAGUCUUCUCUCUGAUAUAAUUUUGACUCUUUUUACAUCACAUAGAUUGGGCCUUUAUUUCACAGAUUCUUCUUUAGGAACAGCUGAUGCUAACAAGAACCAAAACCUAUACAAAGCAUUGCUAACUUUAAAGAGACCUUGGGAAAAUGAACAUGAGCGUCAGACAAUUUUAGAAAUAAUUUACAAAUGUCCUGACUUGCACAGAGCAAUCAUUAAUGUUGUUGAACAAAGUUUUGAGCCCCAACACUCACCUAUUUGGGAAAGAACUACUGAUUUUGUAAUCAAAUUACUGGAUAAGUUAAAACCGGAAGAAAUGGUUUUAAGAAUGUCAAAGCUAUCUACAGUUCAAGUGGCCAAUUUUAUCAGGUUUAUUACACUGCCUAUACCACUUCUGAAGUUCAUAAAUUUAAAUAUAGGAAAAGAUCACACUAUUUCUUUAUACUGUGUUAAAGUAUUAGUUAAAAUGUUACAGAUGUUGAAAAGAUAUAUGCGAUUUUUGGAAUUUGAUGAUACCCAGCAGAUUGUUGAGCUGAAAAACAAAUUGGAGUAUUUUGUGCCAAAACAUUUACCUACGCCUUCUGCGGUAGUGUCACUUAUACAAAAUGUAAUCAAUGGUAAAAAUAAUAACGAGCCAUCUCAAGAUUAUAAACUCCCUGACAUAAACAACACUGAUGCUCUCAUAUCGCUUGUAGACUUGUUACUGCUGUACAAUGAUGUUCAUCCAGCAUUUUUUGACACUCUCGAAGGCAGUAUUGACAUGAAGAAGUUACUCGAUUAUUCUGCAACACUUUCUAAAGGACACAUCUCAGUUUUGAAAUUUAAAAUUGUUUCUUUGUGGUUGACCCUGGACAGUUCAGCAAUCUCUCUUAAAAACCCGAUGUUCAAAAACUUGUUCCUUAUUAUGCUGGAUGUGUACACAAACAAUGAUGAUGACACUUGGAUAGAAGCUAAAGAUACAUUAUACAAAUUUUUCAAGAAUACAUCAAUAUUUGAAGCAGAUGAAGAUGAAAUUCAUAUGAUUUUAUACACACUUCGUAAUGCGAAAGUCGAUCCACCAUCAUUAAUUGGAAACAUUGUAGAAUAUGUCAUAGCACACAACAAAGAUUUGACAGACUAUGUGAGAAACCAAAUAGUCCAUUUUGAGAUAUCAGAUGAGAAUAGCGAAACAAGUUUACAGAAGUUAUUUGAUGAUUUGAUGGAGAACAGAAAUACAGGAGACAGUGUUUUCUUGGAAAAUAAAGUGCCAUCCCCAUUUAUAGUGGGUUGCAUGCAGUACAUACAAAACCACAAAGAAGCCAAGAAGAAUUUGAAACAUUUUCUGUCCUUGUAUGUAACCAAUUUACUCCAUUGCAAUUAUUCUCCAGAAUUAACUGAGGUUCUGAUUGGUGAUACGAAAUUAGAUGUUAGAAACUAUGUUGGCGACUGGGUGGCCCAGCCUGUACCUGUGCCAGAAACUAUUGCAGAUAAAGACGACACAACAAAGAACAUAUCAAAAUCCAUUAUUAAUAAUGCUGAAAUUUCAUUAAAAGAUAUAUUCCAAUGCUUCGAAGAGGUAAUUAAAGAAGAAAGCGAUUUAAUUAUUGAUGGUGUACCAUACAGAAUUAAUGUGACAGGGAGCAUAGACAGCUCUGAGCUGCUGAUGUGGACAAAAUAUCUUAUUUUCUGUGCUGUGCGAUUGACUACAUUGAAGCAGCUAAAUGAAGAACAUCAGAAGAAAAUUACAAACUAUGUUGAGUGUAUUAUACAGAUCGCUAAAAAGCACCACAUGCUAGAUGUUAUUCAUUCUGUCAUUAUGUCACUAUUCAAAAAUCCUCACGUUCUAAAGAUCUAUACACCUAUUGAUUUGAAUAAAGACCAAUCUAGUAUUCUGGCCACUAAGUUUCUGUUGCAAAUCAUAACUCAGCAUGAAGAUAUUAUUAGUAAUUUAAACAAAAAAUACAAGUUACUUAAAUCUUUCCAGCAAAAGAACUACAAUGAAAUUGUUAAAGCCUUUAUUAAAAUCAAUAAGAGGAAGAAUGCAAAUUGUGAACACACAAACACUAUUUUAGAAAUAAUCGGGUUAUCAAAAGAGGAUGACAUUCGUGUGUUCAAUCAAAUAUUUGCAGCUGAUGUAAGCACAUGUGUUAAGGACGAUAAAGAACCAUCUCUUGUUUUAGAGUUGCUAAGAAUUUUAAUCGAAAAAUAUUCAAAGUCUAUAACAUUAGAACCACAGCCGGGAGUGCUAAAGAAGACAUUAAAGUUGUACUCAGAGUUAAUCACGAAUACUGAAAUGUCUCCCAAUUUAGGCAAGCUUGAAACUGCGUUAAUACAAUUCUUCGAAAACAAACCUCAUCAUGUUGGAGCUGUGAAUGAAGACAUUUUCAAAAAGUUCUUCAAUGCUAAUACCAUCAGGAAGUCCACUUCUCUAUUAGUGGUUGUUCUACUCAAGCUUAAUCACAAAUUCUGUAACGUUUUUAAGGAGCAAAUUGCUAGACCAGAAAUCUUAAGUCAAAGAGAACUAACUUUACCAUUGGGUAACGCUGUCCUCAGUCAUAACCAAUUCCUGAUUAACAACAAAGAAUUUCUACUUACGAUAUACAAUGAAUACAAAUCCAACAUCUAUAAGUUCUUGGAAAAACCUCACAAAGCAGGCCAGAUAUACAUCACUUGUUGGAGAUUUAUAAGGAAAUUGCUAUUAGAAUGUAUGGAAGUACAGGAAUGUGAGAAGUUGUUUUCCAAGAUCCAUAAGUUUGAAACUGUUGAAUUGUGUCAUGUGCGUUUGCUGCAAACAGCAUUCUUAAAACUAUGUGUCCUUAAUGAAACACAUAAGAAAGAUCACCUUAUAAAUUAUUUCUUAAACCUAUUACAUUUAUUAAACACAGCUUUGAAAGAGUCCAAAGACAUAGAAACUGUACAAGAAAUUGUGGCAAAUAUAUUUAGUGUGACUCAAAUAAGUAGACAUAUUAAAGGAUUUAAUGUAGAAUCAAAGGAAGACUUUCAGAAAUUUACAGAAAGUUCUAUAUGGCAGAAUUGCUGUAAGAUGAUAUUGAAAGAUUCAUUGCGAGUGAGGACAGCGGAACAAAGGAACGCAAAUGGCCCUCAACUUUUGUGUUUACUGACUACCUUAGUAAAGCUGCUUUACCCUGACGAUCAUCAGGACCUGGUGUCAUUAUUCGACAUGGUGACGUCUCACUCUGAGUUCCUAAAUGUGAUGCUCAGUCAUCAUAGCUCUGACAUCAAAUCUAGAUUGGUUGAGUUUCUUUACUUUAUUAUAUCGAAGAAUAAAUCCGUAAUGAAAUCUCAACAAAUCCCGGUGUAUUUGAGUGCCUACCACGCUACGAGGAGUCCUUGUGAUAGAAUGAUAUUAACCAUUCUGCAUCACUAUGAGAGUAACGGCCAGCCUGUGAAUGAGUAUAAACCUUACGUGUUUGGAGACUCGGCGGCCAAUCAUUACGCUGUUCGCAAAAACAGAACCGCUUCUUUAUGGGCACAUCCCACGCCGAAUCAAGUGUUAAACUUAUUCGAGAAGGACAUUAUCGAGAGGACAAUAAGAAACUUUCCCGUUAUGCAAAAAAUGCAUUAUGACUACGAACUGCCGGCGAAUAUCGACUUGACAAACUCUGAGCAGUCAAUAAAAACUGUAUUUAAGAGAUUAUCUGAGGAGGGGUUGUUUAAGCAACGCAAUAUUAAGGAUAAUGAAGGGGUUAUUGGGGACUUUAUUUUAAGGAUUAAAUAUGAGGAUAAGUUGAGUGAACUGAAGAGGGCGGAUUUGUUGAACAUGUCUUCAAAUGAGGAUGAUGAGAGGAUAUAUGACCCAUUGUUCGUGUUCCCCCUACUGAGCCACCUGUUGGCACCAGGAUCGGUGGCGUCCAGCUUCAAGCUGCUGCGGACAGGGCUGCUGGCACUGCCGGUGAUGGCGCUCGCGUCACACUGCCCCACCAUGCGCGCGGCGGCCUACCAUGUCCUGCACCGGUUCUAUAUGCUCCUGGAAACUGAAACACGCCAUAAGAAUGACAAAUUAUUCCUGACGGACUUUAUCAAUACUUUGCGGCAGAGCCUCAACACAGCCAUUACCCAGAAUGAGGAAACCAUAGACAACCUCAAAAACCCGCGACUACCCGCCGUCGACGCGUUGUACUUGGCCCAGGCAUUAAUGGUAUCCACUGCCCCGUUCGACCCUCUAUACAAGCCCGUCAACAACUUCUUCAUAGCCAAACAACUUGUUGACCUAACAGUUGUUCCUGACUUCCUAAGUUUGUUCCAUGACUGUGAUGUCGAAUGCGUCGAACGUAGAGCGUGGAUCGUCAAUAUAAUCCGACAUGGCACCAAAACCAUGACGGAUGUGAAUGUUCUCUUCAAAACUAUGUGUCUGAAGAUGCUAAUGGACUUCAACAGUUCAGUUCUCAGCGAUAGGAAGAUGCAGGAAAGAAUCGUAGGUGCCCUAAGUUCCAUUGUGACCAUACCCAGGGCGUGCGAAAUUUUGAUCGAAGGAUACGGGCUUAUAUCCUGGUUACAAGCGUUCAUCAAACAACUGAAGUCCGAAGACAAAGCGACGUUGAGAACUGUGAUAAGUCUCAUUGAAAAUAUGCUCAUUAGUUUGACAAUCAACGCAUUUGCCAGGAACUUAAAUAAUUCUGUUAAAAAUAAUAAAGCCGUGGAAACUGCUGAACUGAAAAUUAAUUCUGACAUAGAACAUGAGAUUUUAGUGCUUUUAUACGAUUUAGCGCGUCAUCUGGAUAGUUUCGAAGUUGAAGAUGCGACCAAAUACUUCAGAGUGUUGACGUUAUUGUCGAAAAAUGUAAUAAAACAGUUAUCUAAGAAACAAGUGUCAAGUUUGGUGAACAAAGUGAGUGUAUUUAAGAAGGAAAGUGAAGGUGUGAAGUUGCUUAUGAAAGCUGUUGUGAAAAAUGACACGUCUCUGUUGAGAAGUAAGAGCUUAGACUCAGAAGAUCGUUUGUUACUCGAUUUGACGGAUAUUGUAAAAAGGAAUUUGGUUAAUUGAUCUUUUAGGUAAGAUUUUGUUAUGAAUAGAAUAAGAAAAUUAAAGAAAAUUAUGAAAUUAA